AUUGAAAGUAACGUCAUGAGAGCCUACUGAAAAUAAUGGCGGUUGAUUGUAGUUGAAAAUGGGAGAACAUUCUCCUUCGCCUACUCCGGAGAGGGCAAUCUAUGGAUUUGUACUGUACUUGGGAACCUAUUUUGGACUUGGCCUGUAUUUUAUUUGGGCUUGCUUCCCAGAAGAGUGGCUUCAUAGUAUUGGAAUAACUUAUCUUCCUCAAAGGUACUGGGUGUUAGCUGGACCAAUUUAUCUCUGUGUUGCAUUUGUGUUUGCAGUUUUGUUCUAUAUAGCAUAUAAUUUCACCAUCACUCUCCCACCAGACUCUAUCAACACAAUUACAGAUAUACAUGCUCGAUACAUUGAUGAUAAUACAAUUUCAGUUCCUCUUGGAUCAGUUCCACCUCUGCAUGACAUCCCACUAAGCCAAGUAAACAGGGUCCUCUACAAAGACUAAAAUGUACUGCUCUUCAGUUUCUUGACUCUGGAUGAGUUGGCUUGAUUAAAGUUUUAAGGAAGUUA